AGUCAAGUGUCAGAUUUAGUGUUUUGUGCUGCAGUGACAAUUUCAAAAAUGGUGUGGAGUUGCCGGCAACCGUGUUGAAUAGUUGAUUAUAUCGAAACGUUUAAUUUGUUGGAAAUAAGAGCUCACUGUCGAAGUUGAAUAAGCAGAUGCCAUGAAAUAAUAGUAACGUUAUGUAGACAUUGUCAAAUGAGUUUGGGUUAAGUCAUAUUUAGCAAUUGUAUACCAAAUUACUCUUAAGAAUUGCAAAUAUUGUGCUGUCAUGGAAAAUAAGGAAAGUGAGAUUGUGUUGCUUAUUUUACUUGGUUUGCCAGCUAGUGGCAAAACAACGUUCUCAAAAGUGUUGAUGAAGUUGAGUGGCGACGUUAAUGUUUCUGGAUCCGUGGGUGAAAAAAAUCACAGUAUAAUUCAUAUUUGUUAUGAUGCAUUAGUGCCACUACUUUCGCUUGAACAAACUAAGUGGAGUGAAACUCGUAAGAAGGUUGUUGCUGUAGUUGAAAAUAUUAUUUGCCUCCUGAAAACACAGAACUAUUCAGAACUAGACGACUACUUGCAGUGUAUGCAAAUAGAGAAGACCAAAAGGCACAUUUCACAAGCUACAGACGAAACUACAAUGGUCCUCAUAGAUGACAAUAUGUAUUACAGUAGUAUGCGGUAUGAAUAUUUUAAAAUGGCAAGAAGAUAUACAAUAAGUUUUGCAGAAAUCUGUUUACACUGUUCAGCAGAGGUGGCUUGUAGUCGCAACUCUCAGAGAUCAGAUGAUCGUGUGGCACAAGAUACUAUUAUUAGAAUGGCAGGAAAACUGUGCUGCCCCAGUAAGAAAAAUUCGUGGGAGAAAUGGUUCUGUUGUCUCUCUUCAGAAUCGCCAUUUGAUAAGAGAGAUGCACAAACUGUAUUCCGGGUUAUAGAGGAUAGCCUUAAGGAACCAGUUUUACCUGUGAAUAAUGAAGAUGAUGAGAAUGCACAUAAAAAAUGUGCUCCUAAUCUCAUUCAUGAAGCUGAUAUUGCUCUGCGGAAAGUUAUAGGUAGUAAAAUAAAGCAACUAUCUGCAAGCACCGCUGCUGGUAAAAAUAAGCAAUCCUUAAUUUUAAAGAAACAGUUACUCCUACAAGAAUUGAAAAGUGGUGUUCUGGAGGUGCCAGAAGCCAUAUAUAAAAUGUUUGAGACCAGAAGUGAUGAACUGCAGGAAGAAUUACAACAGUGGUGGCUAACUUUUUUUUUAUGAGGAGUGUUUAGGUCCAGUACAGUAAAUGCAACUGUGAGAACUGGCAGAAAGCACUGGAAACACAGUGAAGGUGAAGCUAUCCACUGUUAUGAAGAAGAAUGUUGACUUAAGUGCCAGCAUUGGAACUGGAAUUGUAAAAUGGUGGAAAUGUUAGAGGAGAAACGCUUUUGGAUUAUUGGAUUAUACGGGGAUAUCUAAACCAUUGGAAGUGUUGGACAGAUGCAUACACAAACACAGAUGUAACAAAUGACAAAAAUUCCAUCUAAGUAUCGAAGAAUGGGUAGGAAUUGCUGGUUCUGCUGUGACUAGUCAACAAGCUGGGCUUUGAUCAGGGGCGAAAACUUGUGUAUAUUGUAAUGACUUUUAUUUUUUAUAGACAAACUAGACUGUGACAAUGGAACAUUACAUUAAAAAACAAAUGACCAUUGAAGAAAUUCCUGAACUUCUUGAUUUUGUAAACUAUGGAAAUAUGUCAGAAAUUAAUGAUACAUCCGACAAUAUUGAUUAACACUUUAUUUUUGUGUGAUAGAGUGAACUAGUGACGAAGCUCAAAAUCUUGAUCAUACCAGUGAAGUUCACUUGCCAGCGAAGUUCAUUAAGUCCUUUCUGUCCAUCCCUGCAAUAACUACUGCCAGUGUAUCUGAUGUAAAUUUGUCUGUAUCGGGGCCUACUACAACCAAAAAUUUAUCGAGUAAUUCACCUUCUUCUCAGACAAUAUAUGCACAAAAAUGUCUCGGA